UAAAAUACAAUAUUCAUAUUACAAUUUAGGAACAUAGUGUGCCUUAGUGUGUAUUAUAGUACUUUGACGAUUGAUGAAUAUAUUGUUUGCAUUCUCAUAACUACCAAAUCACUCGUGAUUCUAAAUAUAUUAUUUAUAAAUCCUCAUUAUACCCAUACCAUAUUAAAAACUAUGAAACUAAAACGAAACUUUACUAGUGGUAUUUUAUUAAUAAUUGCCACAUUUAUGACGACUACCGAUUGUAUUGCUAAAAAAGGUGGUGGUCCGGGCAGAUUGAAAAAGGCAACAGAUACGAUCAUGAGUAUCCUUACUAUGAGUCAAAAGACUUUUUUAAAUUGGAAAACAAGUGAAUUUGCGAGAAACUUUAACAAAGUUGUUGGAUAUGCACCUAUUCUUAAAGAAAGUAAUUCUGAUGAACUAUUGAAGUUAAUAUCAAACAGUGCUGAUUUAAUUAAAAUUGGAGCAUUUAGAAAACUUAACAAGCUGUCCGCUAGUGCUACAACUGAGGAGAGUAAAAAAAUAUUAAUUCUUGCAAAACUUCAAGCCACCGUUGAAUUGGUAAAAUAUUAUGGUACUACAUGGAAUUGUCCUAAGGUAAAAUGGACAUUUGCCCAAGGAAUGUACUAUGCACACAGCUGUAUAAAAUUAUAUGGAGAAGAUAACCAGGGCGAAUGUCUCAGAAAGAAAAUUCAGUUAUUCACCGCAUUCAUGUUCACUUAUAAGUUAGAAACGAAUCGAUUUAUUAGAUUUUUUUUGAAAAGAAUGAAUAAACAAGCCGAUAUAUACCUUCCAAAAGAUAAAACGAUAAGAUUUAUCAAUACGAAAAUAGCAUGCCAAUUAAAAUUUACGCAAGAUAAUAAAAACCUUUUAACAAGAGCAGCAAUGAAACUAUAUAUGGGUAGUUCUAAUAAGGAUAAGAAUUAUGAUUGUGUUAAGGAAUUAUUGCCAUUUGAAAAUGAUGUAAAGGAAAUUGAUUCAUACCCUGGUGAAAUUCAUUAUUUAAUAGCCAAAGCAUAUGGCUACCAAAAUAAUUAUCCAUCAGCUAUAGAGCAUCUUCGUAAGGCACGCAAAGCAGAAGUUGUAGACUCAAAGACUCGUGAAACCAAUAAAAAAGUACAAACUUAUUAUGAAAAAUUAUACACUCUUAUGGAUGCAAAGGCUAAUAGCAAAUAGAAAGUUGCAAAAUAUUACGAAUACAACUCUAAUACUUAUUUUAGUUUUGUUUGUAUUAAAAAAAACGAAUUUCAAUAAAGUCCUUUAAAAUUAAAUUUA